CGUACGACCGCUCCAUUUUCUUUUUUUGUUCGACUAAUCUGUUUAGGUGUAGCCUUGUUUGUGUUCAAUUCCAGAAGAAUUUAUGCUCUUCUGUGUACUUUUUAGUCGUCAUCGGCUAUGCUUAAAAUUAUUAUUUUCGGCUGUCUGAACGCGUUGGCCCACGGUCUGGAAGGUGCUGAUGUAGUACUGUCCUGCUCCCUAAUUGAGGAGGGUGGGGGGAUGGGGGGCAUGAUGGGUGGAUCUCAUUUCACCCGCACUCCUGCUACUCUGGUCUUAAGGGACCUUCCCAUGAACUCUGACCUCUCAUCAGAGACUAUAACGCCGUAUAACCCCCCUGACACUCCUAAUGCUGAUGACCUCAUUUUUGAGGUCAUAGUAUCAUCAUUUGAGAUACCAGAAGCAGAAUCCCUUCUGCAUGCUGACUGUAAUGAACAACAGGUGAUUUGUGAAUUGAGCCAAUAUGUCCCUCGGGGUACAAAUCCGGAUUCCUUAGCUUCUUAUUUCAUUGGAUCUAUUCAUCUUGAAGGAGGUGGAAUCAGCUUCACUUUGGUGCUGCAGACAACAUCUAAUGAGAAUGAGAAAGCACCACUAAUACAGAGCAAACUUAAUCUUCCUCUCAGCCAGUGGGGAACACUACUCACAGAUGCUGUGUUUGUGGUCUACUCUCGUUCCCCAUCUGUUGUGGCUUCUAUAGGCGAUGAUGUGAUUUUAGACUGUGGCUAUAAGCAAAGAGACACACCAUCAGAUCAGAACGUGGGACUGGAGUGGCGGUGGCAGCAUAGAGGAAAUGGGCGGAAGAUUCUGGACAUGAAAGCCCAGAGGUUGGAGACUGAAGGAGGGACACAGGUGCACGUGGAGAGAGAUGGGAUAAAUGCAGACUCUGCCCUGCUGCUUAGGGAUGGAAAUGCAUCUCUGACCAUGAAAGAGUUAAAGGUCUCUGAUGAGGGCACAUACAUCUGCACCAUUAGCUCUGCAGGCUUUCAAACCCAGCAAAUAAUUCAGUUACACUUAAUGCAGGCUCCUAGAGUUUUACUCAAUGAAAAGAAUGUGAUAUUUCAAGAUGAGCUGCCCAAGAAAUUGAACUGCCAUUGUGAGCGUUACUUCCCCCUGGAUGUGAAGGUGGAGUGGUUUUCUCAGCCCCCCACGCAGACUGAAAGCAUCUCUCUGACAGAGAAAGCCUCUCUCUCCAGUCACCAGCAGCAUAGCGAUGGUACUUUCUCUCUCACAUCCUUCCUUGUGAUUCGUCCCUCUGAGCAGCCACCUGGAACUGUCCUUACCUGCAGGGUCUCCCACUUUGCCCUGCAAACACCCAAGGAUAUCAGCUUGACAGUAGAAACACUUGAACCAGCAGGUGAAUAUAAUUGGAUGGUCCUGGCAACACUGGUUUUGUCAAUACUGUUUUUAUAUCAGGCAUUAAGCAGGUACUGAAUAGAACCACGAAGGCAACGAAAACAUGUCCUGAAAGACCUGCAAAGACAAAAGAUUUAUUUAUUACUAGAGGAUUUUUGUUUGUUUGUUUUCAAAUGGCUGUACUGUAAAUUAUGGGGUUAUGUGUUGUCUGUAAAUUAUACUUUUUUCUUGUUUCGUUUUUGUUGUUUUGUUGUUGUGUAAAAAAAAAAGGUAGUGUGAACAGUUUGCAUAUUCUUUAUUGGCAUCAGCAAAAGUGUUAAGGUAAAUAAGCAUGCUACUAAAUUCUUCUCUGGUUUCACAAAAUGGUAAUACAUGACAUAUUGAACACUCCUACAUAAUCCUUAAAUGGCAUUUACAUUUAACAAUGUGUCAUAUGUCCUUAUUAAAUAAAUCUAUGAAAU